CGCAGAGCAGAGCUCGUCGUCUUGCGGGUCACGGUAAAAAGUAAAAACCAUGAAAACGGUAAAAGUAAAGAUAAAUUCUAGCCGAUAAAUUGGGCACAAGCAAGGCGGCACAAGGUGGAUAACACUAGACUGAGCUACAGUGUUAUACACUGCUUUGUCUGCAAAAGUUCGGCGCUUCUAUGCACUGUUAGCAGCGGCCAGUAGUGUUGGACGUAGGAACAUCGCCACCAGCGUCCGACAGCCAUGGAGGAUAGCCUGUCGUCGUCGGUGGAACUCAUCCCCGCCUCACCGUCUCCGGAACGGGCGGCGCCGGACCGGACUCGCCUACUGACGUGGCACACGCCGCGCCAGCCGCCGCCGCCGGCCGGCCUCUCGCGUGACUCCGACUCCGACUCCGAGUCUGUCCCCGGCGGGAGGCGGCGGGACCGGUCCGUGCCGGCGGGACGGUCGGGUGACUCCGCCGAGCGCGGCAGUCCGUCCAGUCCCGUGGUGAUAUCCGAUGACGAGGAUGAAGUGGUCGCGCCGCCCACCAGCGAGAGGCGCCGUCCGCGGCCGCUGGUGAUCUCGGAUGAAGACAGCGACGAUGACGCCAUCCCCUGCAGUCAGCCGGGAUCGGAGAAGGCCGUGCGGUCCGGCAGACGCUCCAGCGACGUCAUCGAGGCCAGUUUUGAGGGCGACCAGACCGUCCGAGGGUCCUGGAGGGACCAACGGAGAACGACUGUCCCCGUCGCGGCGUCCUCGGACGUGUCACGUGACUCGGGUAUCGCCCCGACCGAGCGCGACAGGGACGCUUCGACGGCGUCGAUGAUUGCGAGCGACGAGAGCUGGGACGGAUCGAGUAUCACAGGUGGUCAGUCGACCCCGGGGGACGAGGAGGAUUCGCGCUCCAGGGUGCAGAGGCUCUACAGCAAGUACACCGUCAAGAAGCGGACUACCCCGCCUACUGAACCCUCUUCUCAGAGUGGUGAGCAGUCGAGCAGCCCACAGGCAGGUGGCGACUCGGCGGGAGGUCCUCCCGGUCGGCCGUCUCCCUCUGGCUCCACAGCGGCGGGCAGGAGCAGUGAGAACUCCUCGAGCGCGACCACUCGACAGUCUCGGCCACCACCGCCGACCGCCGACCGGCAGAAGACCUCGCCGAGCAACCAGACCAGCCGCACUGUCAUUGUGGUUCCAGAGGACUCGCAGCAAUCGGACAGAGUCGCCGGGCCGUCCGCGGCUGGCGCGCCCUCGGGGAAGGGUGGAGGAACAGCGGCGGCGGCGGAUGAUGUCGAUGUCGACCUCUCGUUCCUGUCCAUCCGCGAGCUGGAGCAACAACUGAAACAAAAGGAGAUGGUGGCCCGCGUCUCCAAUCUCUCGGCACUUCCGGACGGCGGUCGGCGAUUGAGGGCCACCAUCCACCAGCUGAGGGCCGCCCUGGAGCAGAAACGAGCCGCUCCCGCCCUCGCCGCCGCCGCCCCCGCUCGGCAGGGGGACGGAGGAGGGGCGAGUGAGCUGGAGAGAGUGCAAGCGCAGAUCAGACAGAAAAGGAUGGAGUACAGCACCAGCGCGCAUCGGGCAGACGCAGCUCGCAGUGCGCAGCUACAGCGCGACAUCUUCAAACUGGAGACAGAGAUGAUGCGUCUACAGAUGGCGCGCAACACAGGCGGACCCGCAAGCCGGAACCCGUUCAGUCUGGGCGGCACGGUCGGCCGGCCGCCGGCUCUGAACCGUCCUCACGGGGAACGCCCCUCCGGACCACCACCCGCUCACACCGACACGCUAGAGGAAGCGCUCCGACGCGGUGCGCCGACGACCAGCGUCGUCACUGAUGAGCAGCGUCGGCUGGAGGCGGAGGCCAGGGAGUCGCUGCGGGACUUUGGUCAGAUCCGGCCUCAGCUGACCGCUGCGCUGCUGGCCUCCAACCCGGAGCUAAGCAGACUCUACGGCGGGCGGAUGACAGAGGCGCGCCACCGGCAGGCCUCUAACGUUACCACCGAGAUACUGGAGCGCCUGCACCGCUCGCUGGAGACACGGCCUCCGCCCACCGCCGCCGACGCCGGUCCGGAGUGCCUGAACGUGCCGCUGAUGCCGCACCAGCAGUACGCCCUCAGCUGGCUGCAGUGGAGGGAGCGGCAGCUGCCCGCCGGCGGGGUGCUUGCCGACGACAUGGGUCUGGGUAAGACUCUGACGAUGAUCGCCCACUGUCUGCGAUCGGCCGAGCUAGACAAAGAAGAGAAGGAGAAGAAGAAGGAGGCGGAGAAGGCCGGCUCCGACAAGGAGAACGCCGCGGACAACGGAACGGACAAGGACUCCGAGCAAGAGAAGGCAGACUUUGUCGAUGGAAAGGGAGGCAAAUGGCUCUCGAAAGACAAACCGUCAAAAGAGGAGGGGUCCGCGCCUCUGCCGCCCUCUCGGGCCACUCUGGUCAUCUGCCCGGCGUCCGUGCUACUGCAGUGGGAGGCGGAGGUCCGGCGGCGCACUGUGGGGGAUGUCACCGCCAUUGUCUACCAUGGACCGAACCGACGCGAAGAUCGGCGGCGGCUGCGCAAGGUCCACUUUGUGCUCACAACCUACGACCUCGUCCGCUCAGAGGUCGAGAAGGACAACCUGUUCGGGGCUAACAAGGCCAAUCCGUCUCCGCUGCUCUCGUACACCUGGCGGCGCAUCAUUCUGGACGAGGCUCACCAGAUCCGCAACCGGAACACCAAGUCUGCCAAGGCGGUCUGUGAGCUGCAGGCAGACACGCGCUGGCUGCUCUCCGGAACGCCGAUACAGAACGGACGCGAGGAUCUGUUCAGUCUGAUGCGCUUCCUUCGCGCGGCGCCCUUCCACGAGUAUGAGGUGUGGAAACGCUGGAUCGACAAGAGUCCGCGCGGUGACGAGCGCCUCAGUCUCAUCGUCCGCGCGCUGGUCCUCCGACGCACCAAGGACCAGGUCUCCCCGGACACAGGUCGGCCGCUAGUGGCGCUACCUCCGCGGGAGAAGCGCUGCCACACUGUGGAGCUAGACGAUCGUGAGAGACAAGUCUACGACAAGGUGUUCGCCUUCUGCCGCUCCUCUCUGCAGGAGUUCAUUAAGCUCCAGGAGGAGCGCGAGUACGAGAAGGAGCUUAAGACGAACCCGCACGCCCGCCCGCCGCCCGGACUGAGCGCCACGUCCCUGAGCGCUGCCGCCGGAUCUGCACCGCGGCUCGACCUCGGAGGCGGCUCGGAGGGCGGUCCGUCGGGCCUCGGUCAGAAGGGCAGCAUCAAGCAGCACCACCUGCUGGUGCAGCUGCUGCGACUGAGGCAGAUCUGCUGCCACCCGGCGCUGGCCAAAACGGUGCUGACGUCAUCGGACCGCGAGUCGGCCGGCGUGGAUGUGGAAGACGAGGCAGCUGAACUGGAGGAGAGGCUUCUUGGCCUCAGUCUGUCCGAGGCGCCGGCCAAGGAGGCGGCUGAAGAGAAGAGCGUGCUCACCGCCGACAACCCCGUCUUCGGCCGGGACUGGCGCAGCGCCAAGCUGCGCCGCCUGAUGGAGGAAGUGCGCGCCAUCGUGGACGCCGGAGAUGAGAGAGUUGUCGUCGUCUCACAGUGGACCUCGAUGCUCGACAUCGUGCGAGAGCACUUGUCUGAGGCCCGUGUCGCCUCCUGUACCAUCUCCGGCGCGGUCAAGAUGUCCGAGAGGCAGCAGCUGAUCGAAGCGUUCAAUGGAACGUCGCGUCGGGGACCGCGGGUGAUGCUGCUGUCGCUGCUGGCCGGCGGCGUAGGCCUGAACCUGGUCGGUGGGAACCAUUUGUUCAUACUGGACCCGCACUGGAAUCCCCAGUUGGAGGAGCAGGCGGGAGACCGUAUCUACCGCGUGGGCCAGCGGAGGGACGUGUUCAUACACAGGUUUGUCUGCAAGGACACUCUGGAGGAGCGAAUCGUGGAGCUUCAGCAGAAGAAGCUGAACAUCGCGCACGGCGUGCUCUCGGGAAAUAAGCAGGCUGCCUCCAACCGGCUGACAAUGAGUGACUUGAAGACGCUCUUCAACGUUCAGUGAGCGGAGCAGCAGGGUCGUCAGUCGGGCCAAUAGAGUGGCGCGGAGAGAGUAAUAGGUGAGGAUCAGAGCGGGCGCGGGUCUCGUGGAUAGAACCCGGCACUGUUACAUCUGAGACGUGGUGAUGCAGCGUCAUGCCGGUGACUUGGUAGAGGCGAGGCUAUGCCCCGUCGUUGUUGUGUCUUGGCCGAGGCUGUGGUAUCCAAGAUUGCUACUAUCAGCUAACUUUGUGGUAUCAGCUAGCUUUGUUACCUACCUGAGGAGUAAUAAGAUGCUGCGUUGGGCAUUGUGACCAUUAUUCAUCGAGGCAGUUUAGUUUUCACUAAGAGAAUGGCGGAACGUGUGUCGUGUAAACGGCGGGCUGCAAUGCAGUGGUGUCCUUGAAUUUUAUCGCUAGGCCAUUUUUGCAGUCGUAGUGAAACUGUUAUUUGCAAAUGUACAUCGAAAUAUAAAUAUGUAAAUUUGUAGAAAAUAUACGCCAGGUUACGGUAA